UCCUCGCGGCCCGGUGAGGUCACUCUUUGUGGCGGCGGCUCCAAGAUGGCGCCGGUGCUGGCGGAGAAGAAGCUGCUGGGGCCGGACGGGCCCGGCGGGGCCGAGCUGCCCGGCGAGGAGGACGAGGGGCAGAACCUCUGGUCCUCCAUACUCAGUGAAGUCUCUACACGGUCCAGAUCUAAAUUGCCAUCGGGCAAAAAUAUUCUUGUUUUUGGUGAUGAUGGUUCAGGUAAAACGACACUUAUGGCUAAAAUACAGGGAGCAGAGCAUGGCAAGAAAGGAAGAGGACUGGAAUACUUGUAUCUGAAUAUUCACGAUGAAGACAGAGAUGAUCACACUCGCUGCAACGUCUGGAUCCUGGAUGGAGACUUGUACCACAAAGGGCUGCUGAAGUUUGCAGUUUCUGCUGAAUCCCUGCAAGACACCAUCGUGGUCUUUGUAGCAGACAUGUCUAGACCUUGGACUGUUAUGGAGUCUUUACAGAAAUGGGCCAGUGUCUUGCAAGAACACAUUGAUAAGAUGAAAAUUCCUCCAGAAGAGAUGAGGCACAUGGAGCAGAAGUUUAUAAAGGAGUUUCAGGAGUAUGUAGAACCUGAAGAAGGCUACCAAGGAUCACCACAGAGGAGAGGCCCUUCGUCUGGCCAGGAGGAUGAACAUGUUUCCCUGCCCCUCGGAGACAAUGUGCUGACUCACAACCUGGGCAUCCCUGUGCUGGUGGUGUGCACAAAAUGUGAUGCAGUGAGUGUCCUGGAGAAGGAGCACGACUACAGGGAAGAACACUUUGACUUCAUUCAGUCACACAUCCGCAGAUUCUGCUUACAGUAUGGGGCUGCCUUGAUUUAUACAUCAGUUAAGGAGGAGAAGAACCUUGACCUGUUGUAUAAGUACAUUGUACAUAAAACCUACGGUUUCCAGUUUACCACGCCUGCCUUAGUGGUAGAGAAGGAUGCAGUUUUUAUACCUGCUGGUUGGGACAAUGAGAAGAAAAUUGCCAUUUUACAUGAAAACUUCACAACAGUAAAACCAGAAGAUCCAUAUGAAGACUUCAUUGUAAAACCUCCUGUAAGAAAGUUAGUCCAUGAUAAAGAGCUGGCAGCAGAAGAUGAGCAAGUAUUUCUUAUGAAGCAGCAGUCAUUCCUUGCCAAACAGCCAGCAACGCCUACAAGAGCAUCAGAAUCUCCAGCAAGAGGCCCUGCAGGAUCCCCAAGAACUCAAGGCAGAGCUGGUCCCGCCAAUGUACCCAGUGCCUCACCAAUCACAUCAGUUAAGAAACCAGAUCCAAAUAUUAAAAAUAAUGCUGCAAGUGAAGGUGUCUUGGCUAGUUUCUUUAACAGUCUCUUGAGCAAAAAGACUGGCUCUCCUGGAAGUCCUGGUGCUGGAGGAGUGCAAAGUACAGCCAAGAAAUCAGGGCCUGUUAUCCUUUCAUAGCAAUGUGGGUGGCUUGGCAGAACUUGUCGGGAACAGACCCUGUUGGUUGUUGUGCUGGUAGGCUGUUCUAAGCACCUAAAACAUACCUGCAAUUUCUGGAAAAACUACUAAACUAGUCUGUAAUGGGCUUUACUCUUCCCUCUUUCAGUCUUCUAGAACACUCUGUGCCUUCCAGGACCUUUCAAAGAUAACAAGUGGCUUUUUCUUUUGCUUUUUUUUCCCUUGUGUCAGCAUUAACUUCUAACUGGAAUAGAUAAUUUCUCUCCUGAAACAUGUAGAGACAGCAAUCAUACAUCCUUCCUUAACUUCUUGAUUUUGUUAGACUAAAUUAGACAAGUUCUCUUCUAGUCUCCUGCUAGAGGCUGAGCUCUGUUUUCCCCACUAGUUUCUUCAUUAGUUCCCAUCAUUGGCUUAUUCUUGUCUUGAACACGAGUGAUCAGAAUAUUGUAUCAGCACUGCAGAUCUAUCUCAUUGUAGUGCCUGCUGCAGCAGUUCUCUUUCUUGGGUGGAAGUGCUUCUGCUGAAUGAUCUCAAGGUUGGCUUUUCUUGGCUGCAUCAAGUUGGCAGCUCCCAUUCCUCCCAUUUCCUGACUUUGGGAACAGAACAGUCGGCUUUCGCUCGCAGGAGAAGGUGCCUGUUCUUGUCACCUGCUGUGCUCACACCUUAGAUGAAGCAGUGUAAGAUUAAACUGUCCUGAGAAGGUAAGGGCUCCUUAUGCUGCUAUCUGAAAAGCUCUUGUUGAGUUUGUGAGGUACCUGGUGCUGGUACCUGAUGAAGAGAUGACCUGUUCUUUGUGGAAGAGUUGAACAGAACACGUUGGAGAAAGCCUUUUUUUUCCAGCAGCACCCUCUGUGUGAGUAAAUAUACUAAAAUUAUCUUUAUAGGCAUUUCAAAUGUCUAAACUGUUUAAAGAGCCCAACACUUUCAGAAGGUUGAUGACAAAAAUAUUUAGCUUUAAAGAGACCAUCUGUUUCUCUCAUGGCUAUGAAUAGCCUGAGGUUGAAACGUUGAGAUUCUGUCCCAGGAUGAGAGAGACGUUGUGGAUCUCAACAAUACUGGUCAGCCUAAUUGAUGGAUUGGUUUCUACUGUGACAAUUCUACCUGAGAGAAAUCUCUCCUCCGGGCAGAUGCUGCAGUGUCGUGUCCAGUUUUCCUGCUGUGCACUUCUUCUUGUUUGCCUUUGUUUCUGGACUCUCUUUGGUGUCUAGACCACAAUAUUUCAAAGAACUUCAAUUGCUUGUUUCUGUGGUGGAUUGUUUUUCUUCAUGUGAACUUCUAUAGUCACAAAAUUAUUUCAUUUAUAUUCACAAGAAGAUUCUUGCAAAUUCCAAGGCUGCUUCUCUCUCUCUUCCUGUACAGAGGAUAAAGAACACAGGUUCCCUGCUCUCACUCUGAUCUAGCAAGAGGAAUAAAUUGUACAGAACUGGGGGCAUGUAAUUGUGCAGAACACAUCUCACUGAAUGAGGCCAUCACUCCUUGACAAAUUUGUAGGGAAACUGAAAGCAAGUGUCACUCUCAUUCAAAAUGGAGAGGAAGCUCUUAUUUUCUUAAAAACAGCUCCUUGUAUUUCUUCUCCUUUGGAAGGUGCUCCCCCAUGGUGGUGAUAAAGGGGAGUGUGUUCCCCUGUGUUGGGAGUGUUUUUCCUGUCCACGUGAGGUAUUUGCUGGACGUUGCUUGGGGUUAUUUUGGAGGCCUAAGGAGCCAGUUCAUCCAGCAUAAAAAACAGUCACAGUUUUUGUUUAGAUCUGCUGUUAUUUAAGCAAGGAUUUUGUGUGGCCUUUAUUGGUUUAGGGUUUAUGCUUUUUCAGCUCCCAGGUGCUAUUAGUCUACAUGUGAAUUGUUUUGUAUUUUAAGUUCUCUUACAGUACAUUAGUCAAUGUACUAAUUCCUAAAUUUUGCUUAAAUACUCCUACUUUGAGUAGAUGCUGUUUAGAGUGCUGUGGCUUAUAACUAGUGCUUAGGUCUAAAACCUUCCUAGUGAUUAAAGGUAACCUUUUAACUUGGUUAUGUCUUUGUACUUUGGAAAAAAACACUUAAAUCUCUAACAGUCAAAUCUUGCCUUCUUAAUGUUUUCAGCAUGUACCCUGGAAAAAAUCCACCUAAUAUUUCACACACAUUUGAGCUGGAAAACAGAUGCUUGUUAAAUUCUUUGGCUAUGUAAGGAAGCUGUACAUGGUUAUAUAAUCUACUUUUUGUCUAAAAAUAUAGCUUUUUAAUCUUAAAUGCUUGUAUGCUCCAUGCAUUAGGAUAUAUUGUUCCAAUUUUGGUGAUGAAUUUGUCCGUGGGUUUAUAAUUUUCAGAAUCACUGAGGUAAGCUGAGGGUUCAGUUAGGGAAUUGUUAAAAAGUUUUGAAUCUAAUAUAAAAAUGUAAGAUAUGCCUUUGCAUGAAGUACUUCAGUGUGUCUGGUUCCAAUUGAAGAAGUCCUUUGAAAUGACUGCUUGGCGAUAUUACAUGAAUAUGCAAUUCCUGUCCCCUUUUUAAGGGAAACAUUGGCUGCAGAUAUGAGAGUUCUCCGUGUUAGUUGUUUCAUAUUCAAAUGCAGUGAGUACAAGUGUGACCAAACAAAUGGGAUUUUUUUUUUAGCAGGUGUCCUACAUACCUUGUGUUUAAAAGUUGGUUUAAAUAGUCCUUGCUAUCAUUGCUAAUAAUAGAAUUGUGUAUGGCUGAUUUUUAUGGAAAAUUCUAAAUACAGUUAUUUUAAAAUGUUAGUUGCUAUCAGCAUAUCACUGGUGGUGGUGUGCUUUUUGCUGCUGUGUAGUUCAGCAUUUCAUCUCUUUAAAGUGGAUCAAAUUUGAGUCUUUAUCAGUUUUUACACAGGCAAUACCCUGCAAUGUGCCAGGCUCUGUGGUCUUGGGGAGGUGGCAAAAUAAUGAGAAAUAAGUAAUAUAUUGUCAUAUAAAGGUGAUUUUUUGAACACCUGUGCUUGUUGGUUAAAACUUACCACUGAAAUUUGAAUGCUUUGUGUCCUUUUCCUUUCCAGGACAAAAGACAGUUUUGGCAAACGCUCAGGAGGAGCUGGACAGGAUCACUCGCAAGCCUGACCCCAUGGUAA